CAAAAUAUUUUCAGCUGUCACAUUGCAAAACAUUGGAGGUUCAAUUGUACCCAGUGCUGCCCAUUCCGGUGAACAAAUCUAAUUUAUAAAAUGAAUUUGUUAAUGAAACUAACUUUCCUCGGGUCCAUUUGGAUUGCGUCCACCAUAAGCUAUGUGAAAGCGAACUCGCUCGAGUACGACGGCUGGCUAAACAUAGCACUCUUCCAUGCGCUGGACAUAGACGAACCAAACAAAUUCACCCUACGGGGCAACGUUACCAUCACGAACCGUAACACCGGCCUGGUUUCAGUGGCACAGGAACCGCUAUCACUGCAGGACAGAAACAAAUUGAAACGAUUGGCGCAAGAGAACCGGCUUUACCGCCUAGAGGCACACGUUACCGAUUCUGAUGGUGUAACUAAGUUUCUUACCUCGUCCAAAGCGUGUGCCUUGGCGAAAGCUCAGCUAACCGAUGUGCUAUGGGUUUCGUUGGACCACUCGGGAAUGGUGACGGCGGUCACACAGUCGGUCAACAAUGGCAAUAUGAACGAAUGCCGCGACCUGUCCAACACCGACGUGGACGUGCUGGACGAAUUCAACACGGACGUGUACGUGAAGCAUACCGAAUCGGCACCCAUCCCGGACACGGCCAGCUUCAUACAGAAGAUGGAACGGGAACGGGAAGCUCGAGAACGCGGCGAAACUAAGGACAAUCGAAGCUUCUUUGCGAAAUACUGGAUGUAUCUCGUGCCGGUCGUCAUUCUGCUGCUAAUUUCAUCCACCAACCCGGAGGCCGGGCAGCGCUAACGCGGAAAGCCGAUACGGCGCACUUCUUUCUUAAUUUAUACUGCAUUUCAGUCACAACCAAAUAGUAAAGAAGCAUUCAGCUGCGUUUCCCACUAUA